AUGCCCUACCUUUGGCCUCGCUUUAGGCCUGCUACGCCUUUUAAUGUCUGUGCCAAAUUUUUGUACCAGUCUGAACCUGAUAGAGAGAGUCAGGAAGCCUGGAAUUGGUAUGAUGGCAGGCCCAACUGGCCAUUGGGCAAAUGCCGGUGGACCCCGAUGGCCAUGGGCAGGCAAGAGAGAUCAGAGGAUCUCCCCUGCCAGCCUUUGCAGGAACUUUGGAAAAUGGAAAAUACCACCACUUCUCCAUCCUUUUUUAUACUAAUUGGGCUGCGGGAGAUGGAGGCAUUUAAAUAUCUGUAUUUUGUGGUAGGUCUUGGGAUUUAUGUAACUACAAUGCUCCUGUGUCCUCUUCUCUCUUUCACUAUAUGGACUGAGCCGAGUCUCCACGAGCCGAUGUAUAUCUUUAUCUGUAAUCUGAUUAUUAAUGCAAAUUGUAUGAGCACAGCUUUUCUCCCGAAGCUAAUGAAUGACUUACUUACUGACUCGGAACUUAUUUCCUAUAAUGGAUGCCUUGUUCAGGCUUUCGCCAUCCAGAGCUUUGCUUGUGUAGAUAUUUUUAUGUUUACCAUUAUGGCUUAUGAUAGAUAUUUAGCCAUUGGGAAUCCUUUAAGGUACACAACGCUAAUGACAAACAAAAAAGCACUUCAAGUCACUGGUGUCAUUUGGGUUUUUAGCCUGAUUUUUGAAUCUGUGCCUGUAGUAAGAAUUAUGAUGCUCUCUAUGUGCGGAUUUGAAAUUUCUAAUGUUUACUGUGAAACAAUGUCUCUCUAUAAACUAGUAUGUGGUGAUGCUUUUGCAACUAUGCUUUGGGGAACCACCAUGACUCUUUUCUUAAUUCUCCCCAGCUUUCUCAUAAUAAUCUAUAGCUAUAUUAAGACAUUUCUAAUAUGUAUGAAGAUCUCUAAACAAGCAUCUCAGAAAGCAAUCAAUACUUUGGCCACUCACAUCAUUGCUUUCUCUAUUUUUAUGAUUGGAUCAUUAUUUAUUGUUUUUCGGUAUAAAAUAAAUGGUGGACCCGUUUCAAGUUCUGUGCAGCUCGUCCUUGCAUUAGCGGCUGGCAUUGUUUGUAUGGCUGUUAGAGAUGAUAAUGUUGAGACAUUUGUGCAACAUCGUACCAUUGAUGGAAGAAUAAGUGAAUGGAUGGAUGAAUAG